AUGAACAAUAUUUUAAAAAUAUAUUUUUACAUUUUUUACAUUAUUUUAUUUUAUAGUUGUCAUUUUUCUUGUUUAGUUGUUAACGUAAAAGAUCAGGACGGCGGCGUUAUAAAAGAAAUUAUAAAUGCAAAUAUAACAGAUGAUACGAUUACAGUUGAAUUACAACUUCCUGACUCUACAUUAAUCACACAACAUAUUGAUUUUACAAAGGAAGUGCAAAUAGUACAAGUGUUGUUGCUUGGAGAAGAAGAACGUGGUCAAAAGCCAUAUCAAAUACUUUGUUUUGUGAAUCAUGUUCAAGCAAAUGAAUUUAUUUCACCAGAUGCAAUGUCAAAACUCAGACAAAAAAAUCCAGGUACAAUUCGAGUUGCAGAAGAUAAUAAAGGUUUAUUUAAUAUUUCAAUAGAUAUGAAAAUUAAAUUAAAAGAUAGCAUUUAUAUAUCACAACAUGUUGGAUCAUUAUGUUCUGAAGCACUAGAUACAACUUUCACUAGCAAAGUUGACAUUGAUAAAUGGGCUACUGUACCAGGCAUGUAUUUGGGAAAUUUGUUACAAGCUGUUGAAUAUAUUAACUAUAAAGCACCAAACUCUAAUUUAAAACUAUGUCGAGAUACAGGAAAAGUCUGGUCACACUGUUUAUGUACAAUGAAAGUUAGCAUUCCUUGGUACCCUUGUGCAUUAAAAUUUUGCAAAGAUCAUAUUGGUAAAAAAUCAACAGCAGUUGACAGUUAUCGGUGUGGUAUACAAACUUGUGGUAAAAUUAUGAACUUUAUGUACAGUGUUAAACACAAGCAGCAUUGUUUGACAAUUGAGUAACAUAUUGUACCAUUGUAUUAUUGUCAUGUAUUAAUAAAGUAAUUUAAACUU